AUGAAUUGGAGCUGGGUGCUUAUGGCAGUCCUUCUGUCUUGCGGGGGACUGUCAUGGGGUGAGGAGGGUUUGGACUUCCCUGAGUACGAUGGCAUGGACCGGGUCAUCGAGCUGACUACCAAGAACUACAAGUCUGUGAUGAAGACGCAUGAUGUGAUGGUUCUGUACUACCAUGAGCAUCCUGGAGCCGACGCCAUUGCCCAGAAACAGUUUGAAAUCGAGGAACUGGCCCUGGAGGUGGGUCACGGGGCAAGGAGGACUUGGUCAGGGGACUAGGAGGACUGGGUCAGGGGACUGGGAGGACUGGGUCAGGGAACUGAGAGGACUGGGUCAGGGGACUGGGAGGACUGGGUCAGGGGGGUGGGAGGACUGGGUCAGGGAACUGAGAGGACUGGGUCAGGGGACUGAGAGGACUGGAUCAGGGGACUGAGAGGACUGGGUCAGGGGACUGGGAGGACCAGUGGAGGCUGCUGAGGGGAGAACGGCUCAUAAUAAUGGCUGGAACGGAGUGAAUGGAAUGGCAUCAAACCAUGUGUUUGAUUAUUUGAUACCAUUCCACUGAUUCUGCUCCAGCCAUUAACACGAGCCCGUCCUCCCCAAUUAAGGUGCCACCAACCUCCUGUGGGGAGGACUGAGUCAGGGGACUGAGAGGACUGGGUCAGGGGACUGAGAGGACUGGGUCAGGGGACUGGAAAGACUCGGGCAACUGGGUGGGGGAUGGUGAGGAGAGGGGAUGGGUAACUGGGAGGUAGAAGUGGGACACAGUGCCUGGGUAGGGAUGCACCAUCACUGCUAUAAUUAAUCAAUUCUUUGAGGCAUUAUAUUGUGUAAUUAGUGUGUAGUAAAGGGGCUAAGUGGAUACAGACAGUAUUUACAGGUAACUAAGUGUUGUUGUUAAGGGUAAGGCAACUCAAAUGUGGCCUUUGAAACAUGCCACAACAAAGAUGAUGAUUAAAUUAAGAUGUUCAAGGCAAUAGAUAAGAAGCAAAAGCUGCAAGGGUCCGACUAUUGCAUGGAUUGGACAGUUCAAUGAAAUUGAAAGGCUUUUUAGUGCAUGAAUUUGGUCAUCAGGGUAAAUGGCUAGAGGCAGACAUGAGACAGCGCUACUGUCUGGAGGGGACUGUAGGGGUACUAUGUUGACUCACCUGCUGUUCCAAGAAUCUCUGGGUUUGCUGGAAAUAUCCCUGGGGUGUAUUGUUUUAAGACUGACUCAUGGUUUUGUGGUCUUAGAUGAAAUGGGAGAUGGCAGGGAUGGGCAUGUCUUUAAGGAAUGGUGUGGGGCAGGAAUUAGUGCAGCGGCAUAAGAAAUACUGACAACUGAGACAAAAACAUUUGUCACGUGCCUGUGGCAUGGAGGGGGUGUGAGACAGAGUUCUUCACAGGCAAAGUGCUGAGUCGUGAGGACACGGGAUCCCAUCACCAGUCCUGGCAAAUGGUCGACAGUACAAAUAGCCUAUCUCAACAGGUCGAACCAUUUAUGACUCAAACAUGACAUGGACAGAAGUAGCAGGACCCCAAGUCAUCAGCUCGUUGACUGAUCUGAUUUACAAUCCAUAAGAAUAAUCUCCAUCUAACAUCUAUCAGAAAUGUCCUGAAUUUCUUGUAUUGAUUGUAAUAGGGUGUGUGGAGUAAAUCCAUAUGUGUGUGUACAUGGGCAUAUGUCCAUGUUGAUAUGUGUGUGUGACCAUGGGUGUGUGUGACCAUGGGUGUGUGUGACCAUAGGUGUGUGUGACCAUAGGUGUGUGUGACCAUGGGUGUGUGUGACCAUAGGUGUGUGUGACCAUGGGUGUGUGUGACCAUCGGUGUGUGUGACCAUGGGUGUGUGUGACCAUGGGUGUGUGUGACCAUGGGUGUGUGUGACCAUAGGUGUGUGUGACCAUGGGUGUGUGUGUAUGUCUGUUUAUGUGACCUUGUUCUUUGAAGUACGCCCCUCGCUACAUCCAUCACACACUCAACUGCACUUUUUCUUCUCCCUGAUUUACAACUGGCCUACCUACCAGCCAGCAUGCCGUCCCAAUAACCCCCACACGAUAGGCUAAAGGUCAAAGGUUAAAGCUCCAUCCUGUCACUCAAGACGUUCAGCUGCAGAACAGUCACGUUCAGCCUGGUGAGAGGGUUACAUCCAUAGCGUCAUAAUUUAGACGUGUCAUCACCUCAUUUCAACAGCGUCUGAUAGAGUUACACCGUAGGUCUGCUUCAGACUACAGUUCCGUACAUAGAAGAAAAAAAUUCACCCAUAGAAAUAAAAUGUGUACAUUCUAUUUCUCUGGCUACACCACUCUAUUGUAAAUCCGUUUCUUAGAGAACUUUAUAGAAGCUUUUUGAUUAUUUUUGGCGCCACAGCAAGUGCCAAUCUUCAUUUUGAAUGAACUACAUUGUUCAAUCUUAAACCCCUGCACUCUCUCACCCUUGAAAGGGAAUACCGGUCCUUCAUCUCCAGUGAAAUCAAUAGCCCUCUCAGGAGGCACGAAGGUUAUCUCAUUCAGCAGUGAAACCCAUAGGCCGCCCUGGAAAACCCAUAGGCCGCCCUGGAUGGCCUGAUACUGAGGAUGAAUGGGUGUGAAUGACUGAUGGUUUAUAAAGCAAUAUAAAUGCUCUUCAGAUGGCCAAUGAGCUAAUCCUCUCAAAUCCAGCUCUGCCAGGACUGACCCAACUUCUUAGGACUACAACUCAACCACUUUGGACUACAACUUCCAGGAUUCCCUGAAGAGAAACACAACACAGCUCUGAUGGCUGAAGAGCUAUUUUGGGACUGGUGCCUCUUAAGGAGUUGUAUGGUUUUCUUUUUCUUGUACUCAUUUAAUCAACUGGAAACGAAUAAUGAACAAAUACACCAAAGUCUACGGUAGAUAAACACCUCCUUUUGAAAAUUAUGCCAUGUCCAGGUGCCCCAGUUGGAAACAAACACUUCAGGAAACGAAACACAUCCACUUGCCUGCGUGCAUGUGGGUGUGUGUGAGUACGUGUGUGCAUGUAUGGAUGUAGGUGCAUGUGUGUGAGAGACAUAUGUCUACUCAGCAGGGUGUUUUGAUUAAUGAUAUAUUAAUCAUCAUCUGAGAAUGCUUGCCUGCCCCCUCCUCUGUAUGUUAUGGGACAUCGAGGCCUAGCCCAGGAGGUUUGGGCCCCAAUACUGCGGUGUCGGCUGACCUGACUGACUGACAGACGGCUGCAGUACUGUACCUGUCAGCGGAUCCUAGAGACUUGAGCGUCACCAGCACCUUGCCAAAAUAGUCCAUGGUUGGUGUGGCUCUGGGUCUAUAUUUAUCCAGUGCUGCUGUUGUGGAUGUUUGUGUAUCCUAAAGUGCUGUGUUGCUAUUUGAAAGGUAGUAGUGCCAUGAUAUUAUGUGAAAUUAAUGUGCACUCUGCACUCUGUUUUGGUCUAUUGCAGAGAGAGAGAGAGAGAGAGAGAGGAGAGAGAGAGAGAGAGAGAGAGAGGAGAGAGAGAGAGGAGAGAGAGAGAGAGAGAGAGAGAGAGAGAGAUAGAGAGAUAGAGAAAGUAUACUACAUAGAAAUAGAAUGAAUAGAACAGGCUUGGAACCUCUAACCCUGGCAAUUUGACUGGUAACCUGAUGGGUACACUCACAGUAGAUGCGGUAAAGAGUUACAGUUAAAAAACAAAUUUGACUACCAUUACCAAUUUCUGUAUGCUAGCUAUUCUAACCAGCUUAUACGAACAGGAGUUAGCAUUUAGUCACUUAUUCUUAACCUGAAAAGGGACAACUUCUACAUGUUAUGCAGCAAAAACAGCUGAAUAUAUCAAAAUCUGACUUAAGUAAGCACAUUAUGGGCCUGUUACAAUACAUAAAUCAUGACAGAUUUGACGAAUAUCCACUUUGUCAGAUUAGAUUUGUUGAAUGCGCGGCAAUCUGGUCAAUGGAACAAUCUGGUCAAUCUGCGUUCCAUUGACUCCUUUACCGCAUCUAUGGCUGCCUGGUAUUGUGAUGCAAUGAUUUCCAUGGUAAUGUAGAAUGUUCAUUCAAACAGUGGCGGUCGGUGCCGUUUAAGAUUAGGGAAGAUAUUUUUUUUUUAUGAGAAUGGCCUUAUUUCUAUUACAGCAUAUUGGAUGACUGUCAUUCAUAUUCCAUUCACCCAGCUCAAUGUUACAUCAAUAGGUUUAGGCUACUACAUGAUACUCAACGUUUCCUUAUACCCAUCAUGAGGUUGCUACAACCUAGCCUAUGAAUGAAAGUUUAUAGCGUACGUGCACAGGUCAAGAUACAUUUUAGUAAUCAAGGUGACAGAUAGUCACACAUUCAAUACCGUCUUGCACACUCUUGCCUGCAUCUAGCUGAUCUAGGGUGUAAUCAUUAGUCCAAACAGUUGCAAACGAGAGUUUCUCUUGGACAAGUUCAGGUAUGUUUAUCAACGUUCUGUUCCGUUUGCUUCGGUUUAUGAACAUUUUUAACAGAAUCGGUGGAAUGAAUACACCCCUGAUCACCCCUAACCACAGUUCACGUUCAUAGCAGCCACAUACAAACAGCAUGAUCUCUUUGCUCAUUAUAUAAUUCCUACAAUCAUGCAGUACUGUGUACAGCAAGCAGUUUAGCAGUUACACCGGCGGGCCCCGGUGGCAAUAAAUUAAUCAAACCAAAAGUUUACCUUGACUUGGAAGAGUUCCAGUGUUGGAUAGCCACAACCAGCUAGCUAACAUAGCAUCCCUCUGUUUGAGCCAGGUGUUUGAGUAGGCUAAACUAACUAGCUAGCUUACUAUUUCACAGCGAUUUAUAUGGUACAAUGAUUCUCUACACUAUACUUGCUUGUUUUGUUUACAAACUGAAAUUAAGCGAACUAUUCGAAUUUUAACAAGAAGGAAAUGGCAGAGCGACUUCUACCUAGUGCAUCUUUAAUUGAAAGUGAAAACAAAAUAUAGCUAGCUCUCUCUCUCUCUCUCUCUCUCUCUUGCUUCUCCUUCAUUUUGAAUACAUGUAUUUGUUCAAAACUGUUCAACUAUUGUCUUUCUCUCUAUUUGAGUCAACUACUCAUCACAUUUUAUGCACUGCAGUGCUAGCUAGCUGUAGCUUAUGCUUUCAGUAGUAGAUUCAUUCUCUGAUCCUUUGAUUGGGUGGACAACAUGUCAGUUCAUGCUGCAAGAACUCUGAUAGGUUGGAGGACGUUCUCCGGAAGUUGUCCAUUACUGUGUAAGUCUAUGGAAGGUGGUGAGAACCAUGAGCCUCCUAGGUUUUGUAUUGAAGUCAAAAUACCCAGAGGAGGACGGAAACUAGCUGUCCUCCGGCUACACCAUGGUGCCACCUUCAUUGCAAAACAGUGUGUUUAAUCAAUUAUUUGGUGACAUGUGAAUAUGUUAGUAUGGUUUUAUCUAAAAAGGAUAACUUUUUUAAUGUUUCACUAUUUUUAUGAAAUUCACUGAGGAGGAUGGUCCUACCCUUCCUCCUCUGAGGAGCCUCCACUGCAUUCAAAUUACGCUAAAUGAUGUGGCUUUUUGCAAUGGAAUGUAUUUUUUUGUAGUGUCGGUUGAGUUGAUUCAACAAAUCACAGCACAGAUUGAUGGGCACACUUCCUGUUUUUUCUUCCUGCUUUGAUGUUAUGGGUACACUCGCAAUGGCUAAUCAAAAGGGGACCAUCGCGCUCUCCCAGAAGCUUGGCUGGUGCGUAAAAUCAGCAAAUUCAGACAAACAAAAGGUGUAAUGGGUCCUCACUCAAAAAGACGUCUCAUAAAGCUUACUUCAUUUGUUGUAUUAUUUCCACUGCAUCAGGGAUAGCGUACACAGCCAUUCGGCUUUGCAGCCUUCUUCAGUGUGUAGCUACAAUUUCCUUUUAAUUCCAAAACAGCAUUUGUAGGGAACAACCGAUGAGACUGUUAUACAACACUGUCCAUAUCAGAUUUUACAUAUCGUUUAUAAGUCAGUCCCACAUAUUUAUGAACGGCUGAGCCUGAUGUCCUUUGUGGUGGGCUAUCUCAUGAAUUGAUAUAAUGUAUCAAAGAGAGCAAACACCUAAGUCAAUUGAUUCAUGAAUUGCCCUUCGUGCCUGCACCCAUCCCUAUAAUUCUGUAUUUAUUUGUGACUAAGUUGUAUACUAGUAGACCAGAAAAGCUACAUUCCUGAUUGACAGAUGAGUGGCAACCCUGAUUAGAAGCACCUGCUAUACUUGCAAUGGCUGCCAGUCCACCCAUUAUGCCAACGUCGACUUGAAUGGGGACGCCCCUUAAUUCUAUUUCUAUGGUAUAAUCUAGGUCAGGCAAUGAGAUAGAUGAGGAGAGCGUGUCAUCUCAUUUAGAUGUACAGUAUGUGCUCCUCCCUCUUCCCUUCCCUGAUUUGUCAUGAAGCGAACUCUCCCCUUGCACUCAGGCAAGAAACCUGCCCGCUUCACAACUCAUGCCCCCAAACAGCAACCUUAUAUAGGUGUAGUAGUCUGUUUGGCUAAAAGCCUUUAGCUGAGUUUAGCUCUCAAUCUGUCUAACAGGCCGUUCUAGAACCGGACCUCUUCAUAUGAAUACCCCUCCCCCCAUGAAAAAUAUGGACAGAUAACUCACUGGGACACAGACGUCAGUUCAACGUGUAGUUUUGAUUGAUAUUUGAUUGAGUUGUCAUCUAACGUGAAUUAAAAGUGAAAACAACAAAAAAUCUAACCAUGUAAUUGAAUUUAGAUUGGGUGAAAUAAAACUACUAAAAGUCCCUAAAUUUAUGUGUGUUGAUGACUUUUUGCAAAUUUAAUCAGUUUUCCACGUUGAUUCAACGUCAUCAGACUGAAUAUUUUUAUUGAAAUGACAUGGAAACAAUGUUGUUUGAACCAGUUUGUACCCAGUGGGAAGUGUCUACAGGGGAAAACCUAUUUAUCUGACCAGUAAAUAGUGGGGACUUUAGCUGAAAAUCAGCUUUCCUGGGACAGCCUGCUAUUAUACUAUUAUAACACAGUAUAAUAAUUAACCUCUGAUAUUUGGGCCGCUGUUUUACAGUUAUUCACAAAAAACAUUUCCCCAAAAGGUACAUAAAAUCAAACUGCACACCAAGACAUAAAGCAAGGACGACUAUUGCUUGCAUCCCGCAGUUACUGGCUAGGAUCUCUAGGCCAUCAGUGCCAGCUAUCAUCAUUGCCAUGGUGUGGAACAUGACAGCCUGGUUAUGGGAUUUUGCUAUGCAAUACAAGUAACUGCACAGUAGAACUGAUAGAUUAUCCUUCAUGUCAGUCUGUGUGUCUCUGUGUGUAUGUUUGGGUGCCUGCACCUCUUUGAUGACGUGAUAGAAGAGAUCUGUGAAAGCAGGGUUGCACCUGUUGCUAUCCAAGCACCCAGUUACCCCAACGCAGUCAGCAGAACUGUUAUCCCACCCCCUCAGUAUGCAGGCCGCGGAUGUGGCAACAUCGUUGGUUGAGCCCGGUUGUCAGUCAUAAGGGUCAAGUUUCGCACAGAUUUAGAAAGUGCAUGAACAGCGCUCUGAGUCCCAGGCUUUUAUGGUGGAGGAACUGGAGGAAAAUAUGUGUGAAAUAAGACAACUACAUUUCUGUUUGCUUUAGUGUGUACACAGUGCACUGAGAAUGACACCUGUCCCUCCAGCAAACCCACAAAGCUGAGGGUGAAGUGAAUGCAUAUCAAUUUCCUUACAGAACAAUUUCCUUACAUUGUUCCAUACCAUUUCCUUAAAGAAUACUCAUAAAUUAAAAACAAACUUCCCCAUGUCCCUAUAAGUUGUCCGUACAUUAUACAGAGGAUAUUCCUGCUCAGGCAUAAAGGUGCCACUGUAUGUUUUCAGUUAUGUGAAAGUGUUUUUUUUUCACAGCUUGCAGCUCAGGUCCUUGAUGACCUUGACGAUGAGGAUAUUGGAUUUGGCCUUGUUGAUGAGAAGAAGGGCAGUGUUGUUGCUAAGAAACUAGGUAAAUACGCACUGAAAUAGACACUAUUACCGAUAUUCAAGAUUCAUAGGAUUAUUUAUAGUUCUGAGGUCAGUUAUGGUGAAAUUGUCACCAUCUUUCAACAUGAUCCAUUUGUCAAAGUGUCACAAUCAAAUCUAGACAUCACCACUGACCAGGUAUGUGCUCAGUGGAGUAAACUGCCUGACCGGUCUCACUGGAUGCAUCUCAAUAGUCCUAAGUGGAUUCCUCUCCUUGUCUUGCCUCCUUCAUCUGCAACUCUCAGUGUAGAUAAUUCCCCCUGUGGAGGGCGCUGCAGAACACUAUUUCACAUUUCUACUUUUAUGUGCACGAGCUGCUGUGCGGGUCACACAUCAACAGGCUGCUGACUAAGAUACCUCACUCUUUUGAUGAUAGUUUUGCAGAGUACUGUUUUUCAAAAAGGGUAUUUUGAAGGAAGGGGGCACUGAGACUUACACUAUCCCAGAAUCAGGAAAUAUAUUAUAGGAGAAAGCAAUAUGGUGGACGCCCAUUGCCCACUGAGACAUCACCUUUAUAAUUCUCUCACCUCAGUGAUGAUGAAGUAAAGGAAACUGGGAGAAGAAGCCACUAGACUUUUGAGAGGCACCCGUUGUCAGUGUGCUAAGGCAGCCCAUGAGCAAGCCUGACCUCUAGUGGAUUCAAGGGUAUGACUGGAUAUGUAAGCCCCGAGUAGAAAUUAUGCUGUCUCCUCAGGACUUGAGGAGGCCGACAGCAUCUACAUCUUCACCGAGAACGAGAUCAUUGAGUACGAUGGGGAGCUUGCUGCAGACACAAUUGUGGAGUUCAUCUAUGAUGUAUGUUAAAAUAAUGUCAUCUAUUUAUGCUCUCUUCUACCUGGCUGCAAUUUGUAGGAAACUGGCUAUUUAUCCACCACUGAUAUAUUUUGUACUGUUUCUUUCUCUUUCCCUGUACUAUGAUCUCCCUCCCCCCAUCCAUCUUUCUUUUACUCUGUUCAAGGUUCUUGAAGACCCAGUUGAGAUCAUUGAGAACGAUCUGGAGGUUAAAGGUUUCCAUAACAUUGAGGAGGACAUAAAACUGGUGGGCUACUUUAAGAGUGAAAAGUCUGAACGUAAGAAUAUAUAAUGUAUAUUUUAACAUUUUAAUUUCUAUAUUUGUACUGUAUAGUACAUGUUAUGGAUAAAACAGUGUAUUCACAGUGUAUUUGUCAACUAAAAAUCUAGAUUUUACUAAGGUCUUAACAGAUACCUGUAACAUUUCAGAUUAUUUGGCCUAUGUGGACGCGGCUGAGGAGUUCCACCCACACAUUAAGUUCUUCGCUACAUUCACUCCCAAGGUGAACAACCUUACCCACUAACAACUACAUCCUCAAAAUUACACCGGAGCUCUACUCUCCUUUAAAAGUAGCCCAUUACUCCUUCAGUCCAAUCCUCUGUGUUCCAGGUUGCCAAGGAUCUGGGCCUGAAGGUAAAUGAGGUGGACUUCUAUGAACCCUUCAUAGAUGAACCCAUAGUCAUCCCUGGAAAACCCUACACAGAGGAGGAGCUUGUCGAGUACAUCGAGGAUCACGACAGGUGAGAUUCAUGGCCAUAGUGGCCAGAAUGGCACAAUACAUAAUGAGAAGGGUCAGGUGUUCUUUCCUGGCUUAGUGAUUUGACCUGGAAAAACUCCAGGCCCUAUAACUAGGUGUAAAGGGAAUUUUCAGUUGAACCAAAAGGAGAGCAGUCGUUGAUAAUAUCAAUCAAAAUAAACAGUUGCAACAGGGAGACACCUCCAGAAAAAAUGUCUAAUCGGGCCUCUUGGAGAUGGGCCCCUUUACAUUCUAAUCGAACUGUACUAAAUGUUCUCUAAACAUCAGCCCAAGAGGCUUGUACAAAGUCAAAACAAAUGACAGUGACUUUGCCAGCUGCUACAGAAUCACACAGUGUUCAUAAUGUCAUCAAUACAAUAAUAAUCAGUGUGUCCUCGGUCCUUGUACCUUGAGUAGCUCCGGCGUCAAUCCCUAUCAAACGAUAUGAGAACAAUCCAUAACAGUCAGUAACAAGUCUAGUGACCAUCAACCCAUACACAAAUGAGUGUUGCAAAUCAUGUGUAUUACAGAAAGGGAAAACAUAUAAAUAUGCUAAGCAUUGUGUUAAUUACUCUUAACUGACUAUUCCCAUUACAGUAGGACUCAAAGUUUAAAAAGUGUAACCUUCCUCAAUGAACAAUAAAUAAAUAUCUGGUGUCCCAUUUCUUUAUAGACCAACCCUGAGGAAGAUGGAGCCAGAUAACAUGUAUGAGAUCUGGGUAAGCUAUACCAACUAUUCCCAUAAAAAUCAUCCUACAAAACAAAAUGGAUGAUGUCUUCUUAGUAAGCAUACCUCCCCAAUUUGUAUUGUUAUCCAGCUAAGUAUACUGAAAAAAAAAUGCAACAUGCUGAACAAAAAUAUAAACGCAACAUGGAACAAUUUCAAAGAUUUUACUGAGUUACAGUUCAUAUAAGGAAAUCAGUCAAUUUAAAUAAAUAAAUUAGGCCCUAAUAUAUGGAUUUCACAUGACUGGGCAUAGGCCCACCCACUGGGGAGCCAGGCUCAGCCAAUCACAAUAAGUUUUUCCCCACAAAAGGGCUUUAUUACAGACAAGCCGGAUGUGGAGGUCCUGGGCUGGCGUGGUUACACGUGGUCUGCAGUUGUGAGGCCGGUUGGACGUAAUGCCAAAUUCUCUAAAACGACGUUGGAGGCAGUAUAUGGUAGAGAAAGUCACAUUGAAUUAUCUGGCAACAGCUCUAGUGGACAUUCCUGCAGUCAGUAUGCCAAUUGCAUGCUCUCUCAAAACAUUUUACAUUUUAGUCAUUUAGCAGACGCUCUUAUCCUGAGCAACUUACAGUUAGUGAGUGAGUGCAUACAUUAUUUUUCUUUUCUUUUUCAUACUGGCCCCCGUGGGAAUCGAACCCACAACCCUGGCGUUGAAAACGCCAUGCUCUACCAACUGAGCUACAUCAAAACUUGAGACAUCUGUGGCAUUGUGUUGUGUGACAAAACUGCAUAUUUUAAAAUUGCAUUUUAUUGUCCCCAGCACAAGGUGCACCUGUGUAAUCAAAUUAAAUCAAAUCAUAUUUUAUUGGCCACAUGCGCCGAAUACAACAGGUGCAGACAUUACAGUGAAAUGCUUACUUACAGCCCUUAACCAACAGUGCAUUUAUUUUUAACAAAAAAGUAAAAAUAAAACAACAACAAAAAAAGUGUUGAGAAAAAAAGAGCAGAAGUAAAAUAAAAUAACAGUAGGGAGGCUAUAUAUACAGGGGGGUACCGGUGCAGAGUCAAUGUGCGGGGGCACCGGCUAGUUGAGGUAGUUGAAGUAAUAUGUACAUGUGGGUAGAGUUAAAGUGACUAUGCAUAAAUAAUUAACAGAGUAGCAGCAGCGUAAAAGGAUGGGGUGGGGGGGCAGUGCAAAUAGUCCGGGUAGCCAUGAUUAGCUGUUCAGGAGUCUUAUGGCUUGGGGGUAGAAGCUGUUGAGAAGUCUUUUGGACCUAGACUUGGCACUCUGGUACCGCUUGCCGUGCGGUAGCAGAGAGAACAGUCUAUGACUAGGGUGGCUGGAGUCUUUGACAAUUUUGAGGGCCUUCCUCUGACACCGCCUGGUAUAGAGGUCCUGGAUGGCAGGAAGCUUGGCCCCAGUGAUGUACUGGGCCGUACGCACUACCCUCUGUAGUGCCUUGCGGUCGGAGGCCAAGCAGUUGCCAUACCAGGCGGUGAUGCAACCAGUCAGGAUGCUCUCGAUGGUGCAGCUGUAGAAUUUUUUGAGGAUCUGAGGACCCAUGCCAAAUCUUUUCAGUCUCCUGAGGGGGAAUAGGCUUUGUCGUGCCCUCUUCACGACUGUCUUGGUGUGUUUGGACCAUGAUAGUUCGUUGGUGAUGUGGACACCAAGGAACUUGAAGCUCUCAACCUGUUCCACUACAGCCCUGUCGAUGAGAAUGGGGGCGUGCUCAGUCCUCUUUUUUUUCCUGUAGUCCACAAUCAUCUCCUUUGUCUUGGUCACGUUGAGGGAGAGGUUGUUGUCCUGGCACCACACGGCCAGGUCUCUGACCUCCUCCCUAUAGGCUGUCUCAUCGUUGUCGGUGACCAGGCCUACCACUGUUGUGUCGUCGGCAAACUUAAUGAUGGUGUUGGAGUCGUGCCUGGCCAUGCAGUCAUGGGUGAACAGGGAGUACAGGAGGGGACUGAGCACGCACCCCUGAGGGGCCCCCGUGUUGAGGAUCAGUGUGGCAGAUGUGUUGUUACCUACCCUUACCACCUGGGGGCGGCCCGUCAGGAAGUCCAGGAUCCAGUUGCAGAGGGAGGUGUUUAGUCCCAGGAUCUUUAGCUUAGUGAUGAGCUUUGAGGGCACUAUGGUGUUGAAUGCUGAGCUGUAGUCAAUGAAUAGCAUUCUCACGUAGGUGUUCCUCUUGUCCAGGUGGGAAAGGGCAGUGUGGAGUGCAAUAGAGAUUGCAUCAUCUGUGGAUCUGUUGGGGCGGUAUGCAAAUUGGAGUGGGUCUAGGGUUUCUGGGAUAAUGCUGUUGAUGUGAGCCAUGACCAGCCUUUCAAAGCACUUCAUGGCUACAGACGUCAGUGCUACGGGUCGGUAGUCAUUUAGGCAGGUUAUCGUAGAGUCCUUGGGCACGGGGACUAUGGUGGUCUGCUUGAAACAUGUUGGUAUUACAGACUCAGUCAGGGACAUGUUGAAAAUGUCAGUGAAGACACUUGCCAGUUGGUCAGCACAUGCUCGGAGUACACGUCCUGGUAAUCCGUCUGGCCCUGCGGCCUUGUGAAUGUUGACCUGCUUAAAAGUCUUACUCACAUCGGCUACGGAGAGCGUGAUCACAUAGUCAUCCGGAACAGCUGGUGCUCUCAUGCAUGCUUCAGUGUUGCUUGCCUCGAAGCGAGCAUAGAAGUGGUUUAGCUCGUCUGGUAGGCUUGUGUCACUGGGCAGCUCGCGGCUGUGCUUCCCUUUGUAGUCUGUAAUAGUUUUCAAGCCCUGCCACAUCCGACGAGCGUCAGAGCCAGUGUAGUAUGAUUCAAUCUUAGUCCUGUAUUGACUCUUUGCCUGUUUGAUGGUUCGUCGGAGGGCAUAGUGGGAUUUCUUAUAAGCGUCCGGGUUAGAGUCCCGCUCCUUGAAAGCGGCAGCUCUACCCUUUAGCUCAGUGCGGAUGUUUCCUGUAAUCCAUGGCUUCUGGUUGGGGUAUGUACGUACGGUCACUGUGGGGACGACAUCAUCGAUGCACUUAUUGAUGAAGCCAGUGACUGAUGUGGUGUACUCCUCAAUGCUAUCUGAAGAAUCCUGGAACAUGUUCCAGUCUGUGCUAGCAAAACAGUCCUGUAGCUUAAACAUGAAGCUGUUUAAUCAGCUUCAUGAUAUGCCACACCUGUCAGGUGGAUGGAUUUUCUUGGCAAAGGAGAAAUGCUCACUAACAGGGAUGUACUCAAACUUGUGCACAACAUUUGAGAGAAAUACACUAUUUGUGCGUAUGGAACAUUUCUGGGAUUAUUUUUUUUUAGCUCAUGAAACAUGGGACCAACACUUUACAUGUUGUGUUUAUAUUUUUGUUCAGCGUAUUUAUGUGGCCUAAAUGUGCAGACACGGAUGGAAAUACACUUGUAGGUAGUCUAUAUUCCCCAUUUCAGUUUUCUUACCUGGUGUUAGCGUGUUUAAGGAGUCUGUCUUUUCUUAGGAGGAUGACAUCGAUGGCGAGCACAUCAUUGCAUUCGCAGAGGAGGAUGAUCCAGGUACAUAACUAAAGGGGCGGCUAAUGAGUCAAUAGGACUGGGUGGGGGAGGAAGGAAACAUUGUCAGCUAGAUGGAUUUCAUAAGGCUUUAUGUACAUUUGACCCUUGACCUUUGACUUCCCAGAUGGUUUUGAGUUCCUGGAAAUCCUAAAGGAAGUAGCAGAGGAGCACAAUGAUAAUCCCAACCUCAGCAUUGUCUGGAUUGACCCAGAUGACUUCCCCUUGGUAAAAUCAUGGUCAUUGCUGGUCACUUAUCAAUACAAUUUCCCACAUUUAUGAGAUUCUGAUUGCUGUUGAUUUCUUCCUGGAAUAUUUUCCUUCCUCUUUAGCUUGUCCCAUACUGGGAGAAGACCUUUGGAAUUGACCUGGGCUCUCCCCAGAUUGGUGUUGUGGAUGUUGAAGAUGUGAGUAAUGUUGCUGUCAUGUAUGAGGAGUCAUGAGGUUCUACACAUAGAAAUAGAAUGAAUAGAACGGGCUUGGAACCUCUAACCCUGGCAAUUUGACUUGUAAACUCAUGCGUACACCAAUGUAUUUUUUGUAAUGUCAAUGUAUUGUUCAGUUGAUUCAACAAAUCACAGCACAGAAUGAUGGGUACACUUCCUGCUUUGAUUCUAUGGGUACACUCGCAAUGGCAUCAAGUCCACCCAUUAUGUUUUCAUUGACUUGAAUGGGGAUGCCCGUUCUAUUCAUUCUAUUUCUAAAAAACAUUCAAUAGUCUAUCUUUGGCGCUGAAUUGGUUUUUGUCUCUCUAUAGGCCGACAGCGUAUGGAUGGAGAUCGACAAUGAUGACGACCUACCAAGCGCAGAUGAGCUUGAGGAAUGGAUUGAAGAUGUUCUUUCAGAUGAAAUUGAUCCAGAUGAUGAUGAUGAUGAUGAUGAUGAUGAUGACGACGACGACGAUGAUGAUGAUGAUGAUGAUGAUGAUGAAGACGAUGACGACGAUGAUGAUGAUGAUGAUGAUGAUGAUGAUGAUGAUGAUGAUGAUGAUGAUGAGUAA